UUGGAAACGCUCUCAUUAUGUUUGUCUCCUUCGGCUCUCCGUAGAUCACCGACAUAUUGUUUGUGAGAAGCAAAUUCUGGAAGACAAGGAGAGUGUUAAGAUUACAGCGUUGAUAUUACCAAUCAUCAAGGCGUAUAUCAGUAAAGAAAGUACGAUGGAGCCUUCAGGAAGUCCUGCGAAGGAUAAUUUCAGGAUGAACCGCUAUAAGAAUAAAGCACUCAACCUGGAGGAAAUGCGUCGGAGAAGAGAGGAGGAAGGCAUUCAGCUGAGGAAACAGAAACGAGAGCAACAGCUGUUUAAGAGAAGAAAUGUGGAACUGAUGGGUGAAGAAGGGGGAAUGUUUGACAGUCCACUCAUGGAUUCCUACGUCUCCUCCACCACAGCCCCAGAUGGAGUAAUUACAAGAGACAUGGUUGAAAUGCUCUUCUCGGAAGAUCCUGAACUACAACUGGUCACAACACAGAGGUUCAGAAAACUACUUUCCAAAGAACCAAACCCACCCAUUGAUGAGGUGAUAAGCACACAGGGAGUUGUGAAUAGAUUUGUUGAGUUCCUUCAGAAAAGUACAAAUUGCACAUUACAGUUUGAGGCCGCUUGGGCACUGACCAACAUCGCAUCUGGGACAUCUCAGCAAACAAAGUUUGUGAUCGAGGCCGGUGCCGUACCUGUCUUUAUUGAGCUUCUCAACUCCGAGUUUGAAGACGUACAGGAGCAGGCUGUUUGGGCUUUGGGGAACAUUGCAGGAGACAGCGCUGUGUGCAGAGAUUAUGUGCUAAACUGUAAUAUCCUUCCACCUCUACUAAUGCUGCUGACCAAAUCAACUCGUCUCACAAUGACCAGGAAUGCUGUGUGGGCCUUGUCCAACCUCUGCAGAGGCAAAAGUCCACCCCCAGACUUUGAGAAGGUGUCUCCAUGCCUGCCUGUGCUGUCCCGUCUUUUGUUCAGCAGUGAUUCAGACCUGCUGGCUGAUGCCUGUUGGGCCCUCUCUUACCUCUCUGAUGGGCCCAAUGAGAAGAUUCAGGCAGUUAUUGAUUCAGGCGUCUGCAGGAGGCUGGUGGAGCUGCUCAUGCACACCGAUUACAAGGUGGCAUCUCCUGCUCUGAGGGCCGUUGGAAACAUUGUUACAGGAGAUGACAUUCAGACGCAGGUGGUGUUGAACUGCUCCGCUCUCCCCUGCCUCCUGCACCUGCUCAGUAGCGCCAAGGAAUCCAUCAGGAAGGAGGCGUGCUGGACCAUCUCCAACAUCACAGCGGGAAACAGAGCACAGAUUCAGGCUGUAAUAGAUGCAAACAUCUUCCCGGUCUUGAUAGAAAUCCUACAGAAAGCAGAAUUUCGCACCAGGAAGGAGGCGGCUUGGGCGAUCACUAAUGCCACGUCGGGUGGCACACCCGAGCAGAUCAGGUAUCUGGUGAAUUUGGGCUGCAUUAAACCUCUCUGUGAUCUGUUGACUGUGAUGGACUCCAAGAUCGUGCUGGUGGCUCUGAAUGGUCUGGAGAACAUUCUCAGACUGGGCGAGCAGGAGGCCAAACAGAAUGGCAGCGGCAUCAACCCUUAUUGUAGUCUCAUAGAGGAAGCCUAUGGGUUGGACAAAAUCGAGUUCCUACAGAGUCAUGAAAAUCAGGAGAUCUACCAGAAAGCCUUUGACCUCAUCGAGCACUACUUUGGAGUAGAGGAAGAGGAUGCUAGUCUGGCACCACAGGUGGAUGAGAACCAGCAGCAGUUCCUUUUCCCCCAGCAGGAGGCUCCCAUGGAGGGCUUCCAGCUAUAACCAGCCUUCAGACUCUUCCCGGCCGCCCCCCUGACCUUUACGCCCCUCCCCGCACCGCGUAUCCGUACUAAAACAAACGUCGGAAACACUCAGAGCGCAGCGAUUGACAUCUGGGUGAACCAAAUUUCGACCCGCAACCCAUGACCCAGACUGAUUUAUUUAAACAAUGAGGUGUGUUUUAAGCAGGGGAACCAAUCAUCUGCCCUCCCACACCCAAGAGAGAGUUGGAUUUUAGUUUCUUUCAAUUUCCCCCCCCUCAAUGAUGCAGCUAAAUAAUCAUCCCCCUCAGGUAGAAAUCGUGGAGCUGUGCCCUUUUUUCUUUUUCUUUUAUUUAAGGAAAGGUAUGCUUCAGUUUUCCCGUUUCACUGAAAGAUGAGAGAAUCGUUUACUCGUCUAAUGAAAAUCAGAAAAUACUGAUCUUCAUCCUUAUCUUUUUGAUCCUGGUUGGAUUUUCAUUAAGUGUUGCGUUGUAGAAUUUCUUCUGUUCAUUACUCAUAUUCUGGCAAUUAAAAAAGCCUGGUUAUAUAUAUAUAUAUAUAUAUAUGGCCAUGCUUUGUAGACAAAACUUUACCGUAAUAUCUGCAGAUGACUAUUUAAGCACUCUUCAAAGGCUUUCUGGAGCUGUUUCAAUUUUCUUAGUAUUAGUAUUCAUUGACUUCAUCAUUUCAGACCAUGCUGGGUGUGGAAACGACAGGAGUUCAUGUAGAGUCUGUUUGACGUGGUGGUGGGUGGUGUUGAAGUAAUCCAGGUAUUUUAGUAAAGGAGUAUCCUAAUAUAAAAAGUCAUUACUGUUAAAAGACAAUGACUGGUAAAGAGGGGCCCAAAGAGCCCAUUUAGUAAAGAUAAUGCCCAUUUUUCUUUUUUACCAGUCAGAGGUGAAAUAUCUAGUCGUAGGAUAUUUGUGGUGUGCAGUGUUAUGAAUAACUCUUCUUUUGAUCAAAAGGCUUUAACUUGAAAUGUGUUCUGGGCGAAAUAAGCACACAUCUGAGGGCCGGUUUGAUGCACAUGAUGGAGUCUUAAUUCUGCUCUUUUUUUUCUUGUCAUUAAUUGGAGCAUAGUAAUACUGGGUGGUUCUGAUAACUUCAAGGUGUUUGUUUCGUGCAGCCCUCAGUAUGUGCAUGUUGGGGUUUUGCAUGGUGUUCUGUUGGUACCAACAGCCAUUUUGUAUCCCUUGCCAGAUCUUCAGCGAUUAUCUCGCGCUCAUUAGCUGGAGUUGUCCUGUAGUUUUGCAGGUGCUGUUGGUAUGGCAAGGAAUACUUAUUUAUAUAAUGAAUAAUAAUGAAAUAUAUGGGCAAAAAUAUAUAUAUAUAGAUAUUGUUAUAUUUGCACACACCUUGCACACAUGCAUACAAGACCAGCAUACACUUCAUAAACAUGUACACUUACAGAUAAGCAUAAAACCGAGGGGAAAAUGACUUCCAUAAUCUCCAAACGUCUUUUCUUUUUUCCAUUCUCUACGUAUGCGAGUAAGUUCACGUUGAUUCAUUUCACCCUUUGGCACUUUUUGAGUUGAUGCACUAAAAGUUAAAACCUCCAAAAACACCUGAGUUUGAUGAGUUGGACUGCUGUGGAUUUCAGACAGAGGGCAUGAAAAGUUUGAAUAUUAACCUCCUGCACCGUAUGAAAUGUUCUGUGGUUUACUUUAAAACUGUGAGUAAACUUUCACGUCAUUUAUGGAAGCAUUUUCCUCUACCUCCAUAAUACACUGACUAAGGGUGCGAGAGAAGGGUGCUUCUCUGAGUGAAUGCUAGGGGUCAAUUGGUUUAGUAUGGGCCUGUAUCUAUGAAAACUUAGACGUUGACUGACGGAUGAUGUGGGAAGGGAAAUGAUGCAAAGUUUAGAAAGGCAUCUUGGCAUCUGUUAUUAACGGAGCAGCAUCCUGUUUUUGGUACAGAUGUGUUUUGGUUGACUAAUAUCUAGAAGUUAUUUCCUUCUAUAAAUGUCAAUGUCUGAUGCGAUUCCUGAUCAGAACUGAUGACCGAAAGGAGGUUUCCAUGCUAAUUCGGGUUCAAGAACCUUUUUGAAUUUGAGACACUUGAAUUUACCUUUUUGAAAAUACCUCUUCACAAUCUUAUGUACCUUAACAACAGUUUCAAGGUGAAUAUCAUACAGGGUUUUUUCUUUAAAUCGGUUCAAAUCCCAAUUCUGUGUGAUAUUGGAUGACAUUUACUGCAUUUACAGGUCCAUCUCAGAACGAGAAUGCUGCAGUCCAGAUUUUUUUUUUAUCAGAGAAAUGGGGAAAAAUAAGACUGAGAUCAUAUUGGGAGAAAGGAAAAAAAAAACUAUGCUUAUAAAAAAUAUCUAAUGGCCUACAAGACCACCGGGUGGAUUCUUAUGUUGAUCAAAAAAGCAAAGAAAUUAUCUCUUAAUGGAAAUGCACUCCUAUUCACAAAAGUGCCAAUCAGACCAACAAAGACAAGAGGCUGAUGUGUAUCAAUCUGUCUUUGAUUUUCUUUUUUCUUUUUCUUUUUUUUUUUUUUCUUUAUUUACUUGAAUGUGCACAUAUUUUGUGCAAAUAUUGCUGCUCUAUUUUCUUAUCUUACAAAUUAGCGGUUACAUUGUCUGCCACAGUUUCAUUAUGUGAUGGUCUGCUACUUGUACACCAAAUUGGUAAACUCAAAGGUAUAAAGAGAAAAAUGCAUAAUUUAUUGUGCUGCAUAAUUAAUACUUUUUAUCAAGGCCAAUGCAAUGUUGAAAAACUGUCUCAAUGUGUACUGUUUGCUUAGCUUGUGUUCAUUUUGAACGUAGUUCUUUGGCAUAAAGGAAGAGAGGAUAUUAAUGAUCGAAGGAAAAACUGUAUUUUUUUUUUUUUGCCCUCUGAGUAUUUUUGUGUCUGUGUAGCUCUUUUCUUGUUUAUAAGCGCACUAGCUGACCACGUAGACCCAACUGUGUUGUUCUGAGUCUGACUUCCCUCUGUAACUAACUGUAGCACAAUUACAGCAAAUCCAAAUCAGUUCAGGCCUCUUUUGCAGACAUUUUGUUCUCAUUUAAGGACAUUGCUUUGAGAAGCCAAAAGAUUUAAAAAGAAACACUCACACACAAAAAAACAAAAACAAAUCUGGGUGUCUCAUGAUCUUUGUGUCUCUGUGAAUUACACUUGAACCAGAAAUUUAACGAUUAUAUUGUUAUAUUGGCACAAUUUAAAGAUGAGCGCUGCUCUUUACUCCUUUAAAAUAACUUCUGAGAAGUGCAGAAAACAAUAAAAUAUUUACAAAAGGCCACAAAUAAAUGAAAUUAGGUCUUUAUGGUCUUCCGUCCUAGAUCUUGUAGAUGUUGACAUUUUGAGACUUUUUGUCUCUUCCAAACUUGGAGCUGAUGCAUGUGGUUGUGUAGUAAUGCUGACUCACCUGUGUUUACAAUGCUACAUGUUUAAGUACUUUUCAUACACCAUAUUAAGACUUGCCCAGGUGGAUAUUGUAUCCUGGUUUGGUAAUUUCUUUCCUUUUAAAUGUAUUUAUAUUUAAAUCUUUUUUUUUUUUUUUCCUCCUCUGCCUACAAUUGCCCAUACUGUGACUGACUUUACCGACGAUAUGAAUGAGUGACGGACACACAAACUGAACAUGUCACACAAACAUAUACAUGAACAAUUCUGAACAAAUGUUUGAGUUUUUUCUUUUUGUCCAGAUACAAAUAAAAUGAUAAAACAC